GGUCAAUAUCAUCUUGUGAUGCAUUUGUGAACGUUUUUCAGUCACGCGGUUUACGACCUGAGGUGAUCUGUCCAUGUGCCAGCUCAUCAGAAGCUCUGACAGUGGCUAUUAGGAGACCUGGUGACUUCGGAGGACCUUUUACAGGGAAGAUGGUGCUGUCCAUGAAUGGCUUGAGCUAUGGAGUUAUACGUAUGGACACAGAAGAAAAACUCUCUGUUCUGACAGUUCAAGAUGUUGGCGCUGUCAUGCCUGGAGCAUUGGUGUGUAUUGUAAAGUUUGAAGGUACCCCAUAUCUCUGCAAAACUGAUGAGAUUGGAGAGAUCUGUGUGAGCUCACGUGCCUCCGGGACAUCAUAUUAUGGACUGCCGGGAAUGACAAAGACAGUAUUUGAGGCAAUGCCAGUGAAUGCAGCAGGAGUACCCAUCAGUGAGCAUGUCUUCACCAGGACUAAUUUACUGGGCUUUCUAGGAUCUGGAAACCAAGUUUUUGUGGUAGGCAAGAUGGAUGGUCUGAUGGUGGUGAGUGGGCGUAGGCACAAUGCAGAUGAUGUUGUGGCAACAGCAUUAGCAGUGGAACCCAUGAAGUUUGUGUACAGGGGAAGGAUAGCAGUAUUUUCAGUGAAUGUACUCCAUGACGAACGUAUUGUAUUGGUAGCAGAGCAGCGACCAGAUGCUUCUGAGGAAGACAGUUUCCAAUGGAUGAGUAGAGUCUUGCAGGCUAUUGAUAGUAUUCAUCAGGUCGGAGUCUACUGCCUCGCCCUCGUACCAGCUAACACACUUCCCAAGACUCCUUUAGGAGGCAUCCACUUGUCUGAGACCAAACAGCGCUUUCUGGAGGGCAUGCUGCACCCAUGUAAUGUCUUAAUGUGCCCCCAUACCUGUGUUACGAAUCUUCCCAAACCGAGACAGAAACAGCCAGAGGUGGGACCUGCUUCCAUGAUAGUUGGUAAUCUUGUGGCAGGAAAGCGAAUUGCACAGGCCUCGGGCAGAGACAUCACCCAGUUUGAGGACAACGAUCAAGCCCGAAAGUUUCUGUUCUUGGCGGAUGUUCUGCACUGGCGUGCUCAGACCACCCCAGAUCACCCUCUUUUCCUCCUCUUAAAUGCCAAGGGCACAGUUGUGAAUACAGCAACGUGUAUACAAUUGCACAAGAAAGCAGAGAGAGUGGCUGCAGCUUUGUUAGAAAAAGGACGCCUCAACACUGGGGACCACGUGGCCUUGGUUUACCCACCAG